GCAGCUGGCGAUAUUGUCACAUGUGUGAUAGACCUGGAUGAAGGGAAGAUUGCAUUCUGCUUAAAUGGGAUCUCCUUGGGAACUGCAUUUCAAGACAUCAGAUUGGGCCCUGGAAUAGCCUACUUCCCAGCAAUCAGUCUAUCCUUCAAAGAAUCAGUGGCAUUCAACUUUGGGAGCCGGCCAAUCCGGUACCCAGUAGAAGGCUAUCGCCCAGUGCAGGAUCCACCAGAGGCAGAUCUCGUGAAAGCUCACAGACUUCUGGGAUACCUAAAGAAUGUGAUUUCUGCCAGUAUGGACACCCAGGAAGGAAAACUGACCGAACAGGAUUCUGCGCAAUGGCAAGCCCAGGGGGAACCCACUGUGCUCAUUACACUCGCGCAUAUCUUCGACCACUUUGCACCCCUUAUGUGUAAAGUUUACCUCGUGGAAGAUGUGCUGAUGACCUAUUUCCUGAGUAUACUGGAGGGAGGUGGGGCUGUUGAUGAACACCCACUAAUUCAACGCUUACUGGACCUCAUGUGGCUCCUCAUGGAGGAUUAUGAAAUCCAGGAGUGUUUGAAACGGCUGAUGAUGUCACUGCUUCGUGCAUACAGAUUUUCUCCUAUCAUUCCCGAUUUAGGGUUACAGAUCCACUAUUUGCGUCUGAGCAUAGCUAUUUUAAAGCAUGAGAAAACCAGGAAAUAUCUGCUCAGCAACGUCUUAUUUGAUGUGCUGCGAUCAGUGGUGUUUUUUUUCAUUAAGACGCCCCUACGAGUGGAGGAGGCAGGCUUAGAGGAGCUUAUUCCCACCACUUGGUGGCCAACCAGGUUUGACAAGGAGGGGAAGGAGGUGAAGGAGGAAACUGCUGAGGAGAGGCUGAGACGUCGGGCCUAUGAGCGUGGCUGCCAGCGAUUAAAGAAGCGUAUUGAGG